UGUUCUCCCGUGUAGCGAGCAAAGAAAAACUCUCAUCACACACACCAUGAAGUUCUUCAUUGUUUUGUUUGCCGUUGUAGCGGCCGCCAGCGCUGGAAUUAUCAGCGGAUAUCAUGAGCCAAUCGCGCAGCCCUGGGUGACUCCUGUGGUGCACGCUGCUCCAGUGGUGCACGCCGCUCCGGUGGUGCACGCACCCUUUCCCUUGGUUGCGCCCGCACCGAGAUACCUCAAGGUCGCCGCUCCUGUAUCGUACGCUAAGCAGAUUCAUCAUGUGCUCAACAUCCCCCAGCAUACCCCCAUUCCACCCCCGCAUCCGCAGCCCUUGAACAUCAAGGCAGAGGGCCACGUUACUAGAAUACAUUAUGACGCUCCGCAUAUCCCGCAUCCGCAUCUUGUCGGCGUCGAGCAUUACGUGCCCGCUCCGGAGCCCGCUAUCUCCGUCGUCAAGGCUGGUCACGGUUGGGCCUAAGAUUUUCGCACGAUACAACAUGCCCGUCUAAUCCGAUGGUC